CUCUCUCUCUCUCUGCUCACCUGGAUCAAGGAAUGGUCCCUCAAAAGUUCCUCUUCUGAACCACUCUCCAAGAUUCUUGUCUUUUUUGUUUUUUCGAUUGCUAUUAUUCUUUUCUAACAAUCGUUGUAAAAAGUUUUUUUUUAUUUCUGGAUUCGACCAUGCAUCUUUCUACGGAGCACAAGAUUGAGCUAGGACUGACAGAACAAGGCACGGACAACCUUGCCUUCGCCGGCCCUGAGGUUGAGGACCAGCUACGGAGUGACAGCACUGGGGUUUCCGGCACCCCCCCGAGGGGAGAGCUGGAGGUGGAGGUGCAGGAGGAGCAGCAGGAGGAGGAGGUGGGGAAGGGUCAGGAACUGGUGUACUCCCUCAACGACCGGCCUCCGUGGUACCUCUGCAUCCUUCUGGGAUUCCAGCACUACAUCCUGGCGUUCGGGGGGAUCAUCGCCGUGCCCCUCAUCCUGGCAGAGCCCCUCUGCAUAGGGGACAACAACACCGCCAAGAGCGACCUCAUCUCCACCAUCUUCUUCGUAUCGGGGCUGUGCACCCUGCUGCAGACCUCCAUCGGGACCAGGUUACCCAUACUCCAGGGAGGUACUUUCAGCCUGAUCACCCCCACGCUGGCCAUCUUGGCCCUCCCUAAGUGGCAGUGCCCAGUCGCUGGGACCCCGACCAUGGACCUGGGAAACACCACCACACCCCUGGCCACGGAGGACCCAGACCAGUUGUGGAUGACCCGGCUACGGGAGAUCCAGGGGGCCAUCCUGGUGUCGUCCCUGCUACAGGUGGUCCUGGGCCUGACGGGACUCGUGGGUCUGGUGCUGCGGUUCAUCGGCCCCCUGGCCAUCGCCCCCACCAUCAACCUCAUCGGCCUGUCGCUGUUCAUCGAGGCUGGGAAGAAGUGCGGCGCCCACUGGGGCAUAGCAGCCUUAACGGUGGGUUUGAUCAUUCUGUUCUCUCAGUAUCUGAGCAAGGUCAACGUUCCCAUGAUUACCUACAAGGACAAGAAGUGGACAAUCUUUCAGUAUCCCCUCUUCAAACUGUUCUCUGUGAGUAUCGCCUGCUCUCAUGGCUCCUUGCCGUGUGUCACACCUGUCCUGGACCUUUACUUAGCGAGGAAGAUCCAGAGCCUCAGGGAAGAGCUCAAGCUGCUACAGAGGCAGUACAAGACAGCAGGGGAAAUUGAGAGAGCUGGCCUAGCGGACCAGAGAGCAAUCCUAAGGAAACAACUCUUGACCCUGCGGAGGGCAGAGUUCCACAGGAGGAGGAGGAAAGAGAGAGCCAGGAAGAGAACAGCUUUCCUGGCCAACCGCUUCAAGUUGACCAAGCAGCUUCUUGGUCAAAAGAGGACUGGCUGUCUUACCUGCUCCAAGGAUGUCAUUGACAACCACCUCAAGGCCACUGUGGAGAGCAAAAUCUUUUUCAGUAUCGUAGCCAAGAGACUCUCAGACUCCCUGUUGAGCAAUAAGUACAUCGACACGUCAGUGGUAGAGGUCGCACUACAGAAACACCAUGUACCCCAGAAGGUGAAAGACCUCAUCCUGGACUACUACAGAAAGUUCAGCUUGAGAGUGUCCUCUGGCCAGAUGACAUCUGACUCGCACCAGCUGGAAGUUGGCAGUCGACUCGUUCUUCAGACCACGGGAAUCCUGAUGAUUCUUCUGGGAAUCUUCGGAAAAUUCGGAGCAGUCUUCAUCACCAUUCCAGAGCCUGUUAUUGGAGGGAUGUUCCUGGUGAUGUUUGGAAUGAUUGCAGCUGUGGGAAUAUCCAACCUUCAGUACGUGGACCUGAACUCCUCCAGGAACCUCCUCAUUCUGGGCUUUUCCACGUUCAGUGGCCUGGUCCUACCUACGUGGUUCAACUCCAACCCUGGUGUCAUCGACACAGGAGUGAAAGAGCUGGACCAAGUUAUUUUGGUGCUUUUUACCACCCACAUGUUCAUUGGAGGUUUCCUCGGAUUCGUUUUGGACAACACCAUUCCAGGAAGUGAGAAAGAGCGGGGAAUAAAGAGCUGGCGUAAGAAGGUGCAGGAGAACGGACAGGGCCAUGCGGUUAACCAGUCCUGUUACGACAUCCCCUACUGCAACGCCAUCUUCCAGCGCUUCAAAUGCUUCCAGUACCUGCCGUUCCUCCCCUCCUACAGAGAGCCCAGGAGGAAAACCUCAAAGUGAGCCUAGCCAAAGUGAUGCUGAAAAACAACUUUCAUUCUGGGAUUCAGCUGGUUCCAUGGCUUUUGGUAGCACACUAUAUAGAGAAGGGGGCAGAUGGGAUAGUGUGUUCUGAAUUAUGACAUUUUAAGGAAUUGUGUCCGUUAUAUGGUUGAAAUUCAAGCCUAUGUUACAUUACAGGUAAUGCUUUGGAAAUAAAUUACAAUGUCUACAUUUCAAAGGAUCGGUCAACCUGAACCUGGACCUUUUUACCAAUCAUUCUCAUGGGCGUUGAGAUGUUGUAGGAAGAGAAAAUGUAAUUGAGAGAUAGAGAGCAGAGGGAUGGUUUUGUUUGACUUCAGAAAGCAUAGAUAAUUUCCCUUUCAUGAUAAAUUAAAUCUGAGCCGGUCAGUGGUUAAAACAAACUACAGCGUUCUCGCUUAAUCCUGGACCAAUUUCCAAAAUUGUUGCCAUGUUGGUCCCUUAAACCGAACAUGAUGGGAAUAUUUGGUUGGGUGUCAGGUUGAAAAAUGUCAAAGUUCUCCUCUAACACCUUACCUUUGAAACUUGAUACAGACUAAAAUAACAACACAUUCAAGGACUUUAUAAUGCCUUUAAGCAAGUGAAUAAUUCUGAAGUAAGCAUUUGUAAACUUCUAUCAAAAGUGAUGUAUGGCUUGGAGCAAAGCUCAGUGCAAACCAAAAGACCAAAAGAAAAGGUGUCUACUACAGAAUAUACUUUAAUUCCUGCAAUAACAAGAAUUAAUUAAAUAUCUUUCUCCUCUAAUGCUUUCAGACAAUCCUCAAGGGAGAAAACUGAUUCAUUUACAAAGUAUAUAAAUUACCGCAGUCCUGAAAUACAAAUACUUUUGACAAGUUUUUGAAUAUAUAUUAUAAGUCAAUUAAGCAUUAAAUCCACUUUUGAUAUUUAAUCACAAAAAGCAGAACAUAUCUAAAUCUGUAAAGGAUGUAUUUUAAUUUGAGGUACAAAUUCGAAAUAAUUUGUCAAGCGGACAAUUCUGAACAGGAUUCUACUCAUAUCUUUUUGAAAUUUUCUCAAUGGAAAACUAAAGUUAAAGCUAUUUAUGUUGUCCUAUUUGUGUUGCUAUGGCUACAGUCUGCUGUCAUGUCCAUACAUGGGCAUAUGUCAAGCAAAUUACCAAUGUUAUAUAUAAUAAUAAGCUAAUAAUAAUAAUAAUAAUACAUACAUACAUUUUAUAGUUGGUGUUUCAUUAACUUAAAAUGUGCAUUUCAAAUAUUUGCAUCUUUAUGUAUGCUUGUUGUUGCUUGUUUGCAGACCUUAAAAAUAACUAAUAUAUAAAUAUACUAUGAAACCAUUACAAGUGAAAAAAACAUACAUUCUGUAUUCUUAUUGUAUACUUAUUACAAUAUAUAUAUAUAUAUAUAUAUAUAUAUAUAUAUAUUAGUGGUGGGCAUAGAUUUUUUUUUUAAUCUAGAUUAAUUCCAAUUAAAAUGGCAAACGGCAAAAAAUCUGUUUGUUUACCUUGACAGCGGUCAAUUAUACUGGGCAAUGGUGAUUUAUCAAAUAUAAUUCACCGCCGGAAGUUGUGAAGUGCCCAUGCAAGUGAACGGAGCAUAAACAAAAAUAAUUGACAGCUGAACGUUGGGAAGGCCCAUGCAAGUGAAUGGAGCAGUCUACAGCAUUGAGAAGAGCCGUGUAAUAAUCCAUAAUAAUGUAAGGUUUAGAAGUUAAAUAUUUGAAAGUUGUAGAAUAAAUUAAUAUAAUUUAUAUUGGUGUUAAUUUGCUAGAAAUGUACUUACAAUUUUUAGUCAGUUAAUCAUUACCAUAUUUAUGUUACACAAUUAUUACAUAUUUACAUGUUUACUAUUUAACACAGUCAGGAUAUUCUGUUGAAUCUGCCUCUCUGAUUCCCUCAAGUUUACCUCAGUCUAAAUUCUAGCUUCUGAUUGGUUAGUUCAGUCACAUGAUGGGUCCGAACAAGGAAGUGUUUGAAAAUAGAUUAACGGCUGUAUUUUUUUUAUCGCGCGAUAAAAGUUUCGCGUUAACGCAGCCCUUAACGCCGAUAACGGCCCACCACUAAUAUAUAUAUAUAUAUAUAAAAGUAUGUUUACAGUGUACGAUACAUGUCAGAUUUUAACCUUUAGGUGGCAGCAAAUCACCCAAAGAAGUUUAGUUUACUGUUGCUCUUUAAUCCACAUAUUUUGCUGGAUAGGGAGUUAUUUCCAUGAGAGCUUCUUCAAGCAUAUAAAUUCCAUCAGUUUGUAAAUAUUUCUUUCAAAAACUAAAAACCAUUAUGGCAUUUGUACCCACAAAAUGAAUAGGAAAUAGAUUGUGCUAAGCAAUAAUUUUUCCAAAAGCUCUGAAAGAUCAGAGGUUAUUUUCCGACCCAGAGCCAGGAAGCCAGAGCCAGAGUCAGGAACUACUUGAAUUAAUUUCAUCUGUGAUAUAUUAACAUGAAUAGUUAAUGAAUGCAUGUUCCACACUGCUAUGUGGCUCUUUCCAAGCUCUUAUGGAGAAGCCCAUGUAUCGCUAAUUAGGGAAUGAACAAGAAACAGUCUAAAAUAGAAUAAUCCAAAGAGAGGACAGGUAGCAAAAACUAAAACCACUAAUGGAGAUGUCGAAGCGCUCUCUCUAUGAAGGCCUGUCAACAAAGACUCCACUUUGAACUGACUGUAAUUGUUGUGUCUUUGAUUACUGUAUAUGCAUAAACAGCUGAGCCUUCUGUCUUCUAUGUAUCUUGCAGAUGAAUUGUUAUUUUUCUCAUUUGGGUUGGGCCUGAUUACCCUGAUUAAAUGUCCUUUAUAAAUA